CAGACAAAGACCAGCAGCGAGAAGGGAGCGGCACGUUUACCAAGAUGGAGUCAGAGAGGGAACAAAGUAAGCCAUUUGCUCGUGAUAAAUUCUUAUUUUUGCGCUGUUGAUGACGUUUUUAUAUAAAUGUUUUACUCUAUCAAGUUUCUGUGUUGUUUAAGUUAAGUCCUGGUAGUGUAGAGGGGCCCUGAAGUGGCAUGGAUUUGCCGUAAUUUUGUUGGGCUUUUUAGUUCAUUCUUCGUUCGAAGGGUUUGGUAGCCAUAUUUUCUGCUUCUUCAAGCCUUUAUCGACGCCUUUUUGUGGGGGGAAAUCGCCUUUACAGUUCCCGAUCUCUUUCUGUGGAUUCCUUCAUUCGUGAAGCACGCGGUAUGUGACAAGGAAACAUCUGUUGUUGCCUGUAGUUUUAGCUUUCUUGCCGAAUGUUUGAUUUCGAUGUAUUUUCGCUCCUUCGAUGGUCGACGCAUCGCAUGGGUAUUCCCUGGCCCCAUUACCCCCUUUUUGAACAAUUUUGGUUCCUUUCAGCCGUGGUUUCUUUCACAUCGAAACACGUGGUUAAGAGAUUAGUCUUGUGACCCUUCUCUCUUCGAAUAGAUCUUGCUUUCCAUUUUAAACGGUUUUCGGAGGCUUUUCGCUCUCCUUUAGUUCUUUGCCAAUCUCAGCCCCCAUUUUCUAACAUGGGUACAGCCCUCGAAUCAAGCGGUGUCUUUGAAGCGAGUUUACUGGACAAAGCUGCUUCGACUAUUCCACAGCGAACUAAAUGGCGGAUAAUGAUUCAGAUAGCGACGAAGAAGUCGAUAUUCUCUCAAGUGUAGACGAAAGAAAGAGACCAGUGAUGUUUGGAGAACAUUUUACCCACCAUUUUCAGCCGUCGUCCAUUUCUGUAGGCCAUAUCGGAAGCCUUCAUGGAACAACCGCCGUUUCAUUCUUUGGUCACGAACAGACAACGAGGUAAAUUCCUCUUGCAAAUUAUCCCACACUUUGGACGCCAUAUUUUCUUUGUCUUUUUGAUCGAAACGUGCAUGUAUGUAUCCCAGAUCGCGCGAAGGUUCUGUAAUUGAAUGAUUGAACACUGGUGUGAAGGGAAGAAAGAGUAGAUUUCUGUGCCAAACGAACGAGAAGGAAAGAACUUGCGUGGUAACAACGUAACAAUACAAUUUCUUUGCUAUCGAUGCGUUGCGUGUCGCACACAGAACAUCGAGUGGCCAUGAUUUUGACGUAUUUUCAGUUAAGAAACGGUAUGGUAAUCUUCAUUAACCCCAGCGAAAACCUUUCCCUUUCUCUUUUGCCUCCUUUUAACAUAAGAUGAAAACAGAACGUCGCACGAAAUUUUCUGUCUGAAAUACAUGUACGUGUUAGAAACAACGCCCUGUUUGUUAUAAGUUGUCUUUAAGUUUCAUGUUGAAUUUUUUUCGUCGGGUUGUUCCAUCGCUCUCUCAGAUUUUUGAAACAAACAGCAGAGGAAAUGAUCUGCCGAAGGUAACUAAAUCCUUCUUCUCUUUGAAGCUGAAUUUUUCCUCUCCAUUCCUGGUUUGUUUGUUUUUUUUUAUAGAACGAUUUUUAUCAUUUCACAAAUAUUACUUACUCGUGACAAGAAAGCAUCGAGUAGGACAUGUUUGUUUCAUCAUGUUGAUAUCAUGGUUGAAUGUCUGUUUCCAGUGGGUGAUUCCCAAGUGCACUCGAUGAGGAGGGAUGUCUCCUAAAAUCCACUUGUUUUGUGUUUUAAAAGUAGCACUUGCUGGUUUGGGAUUUACUUCUCUUCCAGUAGAUAGCAUAUGUUGUGUAAUUCUAUGGCGAUUUAUUAUCGAGGAAUUACUGAAAUCCUUUAUGUGCCUAUGAUGUUAUUGUCAUUGCCGAAAUUGAUCAAGGAACAUGCAUGAAUUCUCGUAUCCUUUUCUCUUUUGAGCCAUAUUCAAUCAAUGAACAGAGAUCUCUCUAGAGGAGCAAAAUACAAAUUCAUCAGAGGAAUAUUUUCUUCUGUAGCUAGUUGAUGGGUCAAUUUAAGCAGUAAUGGUUGGAGAUUAUGUUAUGGAAACAAAUUUUUGUUUUCUGUGAAGAUGUUAGGCAUCAUGUUGUUUCAGCUUUUUGAACUUUGUGUGUUUUGAACAUGGAUACACUGAAUGAUAAUCUCUGAAUAACUGAAAUUUGAAGAAUUUGUAGUCAGCAUAGAUUUGAGUAGUUAGAAAUUCACUAAAAAAUGGACAAGUAUCUUGAUCUAAAGCAAUUGAUGAAUAAAAGUCAUCAAUGACUUUUUCAUUAUUAUGAGAUCUGAAUCAGUUUGUUUGGGAAGCUUUCUAUGGAGUAGCUCUUUUCAUUUAAGUUGGAUUGUCCUAGGUGACUUAAAACAGAUUUAAUCUUGUUAUCAGGUUUACUGUUUUUAUAUUUUUCUUUCACAAGCAAUUUUGGAAUAUUGUGAGAAAGUUUUCAGCAGAGUUAUUACAGCCUAGUCUGUUCACUUUGAAGAUUUUGAUUUUAAAUGUGAUGUUUUACAUGGUUAAAACCUACUUUUUGAAGUCAUCCUAAAUUUUAGUGCUCACUUUUGUUCUGUGAUCUAUAAGUUGCAUUGUAAUUUGAUUUGAUUUGACUGGUUAUGAUCAAAACACAAAGUUAUCUAGUGCGACAGAAAAGUGAAGAGGUUAAUAGUAGGAAUGGCAUCAACUGAAACCCAGGUCAUGUGUAACAGGGGUCAAAGUGGAAAAUGAUGAACAGAUGCAAAUCUGAAAACUAUUGAGUAUUUAUCCCAGGUUAAAUCAAUUACAUAAUUACUGUGUUUGAUAGAACUAUAGGAUUGAUUGAAAGUAAAAUUUUAUUUCAAGCCUUGGAACUGAAAAGAAUUUAAAAAACAGCAUGGUUUAUCAGAUUGGAACUAAUUAUGGAUGGUGUAGGGCUCUUACCAGUACAAAGGGAAAGAGAAUCCUACUAACUGCCUGUUUGGGAGGGUAAUCUGCUUGGCCUCCUCAAGGGUUUUGAAACCUUUAGAUUGAAUCGCACUUAGCUGAAAAAUAUUUUUUCAAGACAGACUUCCUAACUGCCAGAAGUUUAGAAAACAUGAAGCCUAAAAACCUCUUAGACCAAAUUCAAAAGGGAAAGACCAUAGUUGAUAAUUGUAGAAAAUCAAAUUCUUAUGAAUUCAAUAUGAACUUAAAUACUUUUCAGUUCUUUUCCACUCUUUCUUUCAAUUCUUUCAAAAUUACACAGACUAAAGCAUUGAAAAAUUUAAAAUAAAUCUUACACUAUACUGACUGGCUAUAGAGGGUUUCAGAUUCUGAGGAAGGGGAAAAAAACUUUAAAGACUCCAGCAUAGAGGUUUCUGACCAGAUUAAAAUUCUCUAAAACCCCCUGAACAGAAUGAAUUUAUUAUGGAGUAAUAUUGACAAAUCAUAAAUCAUACGAAGUGUAGUAGUUAAGCAGUGUACUGCUUAUGGAAUAAUUUUGAUUUUCCAUCAGUUUCCACUGAAGUACAAUGUGUGAUCUGAUGAUUCUGAGUUACUUUACAAGGAAACAGCAUCUUUCUUCAUCACACUUUCCCACAACAAUGAUUAUGACUUCAGCAACCUGGACAAUUUUAUUAUCUGAGAAAAGAGAGCUCAAUACUGUGAACACAAUCAAGUAACUGCUUAACUUAGAAACUUAUCCUUGCUUUACCUCGUGUGGUGGUGUGUUACAAAACAAACCACUUGUGUACAAAUCACAGUCUUAGAUAUUUUGUACAGCAACAGAUCUUUAGUUUAUUUCUUUGAACCUUUUCAUGAUGAGCAUACAUGCAACUGACAUGGCCAUAGGCAGGAAUGAUUAUUGUCUUGAAAAUAAAAGUUAUAAAAUUCACACAGGGUUAGUAGAUAUUGCUUCUUUACCAUCAUGUACUCCUUUUAAGUUAUAUUAAGGGUUCCUUUUUGUUAAACAUGACCUGAAAGAAUGGAACACAAAGAUACCAAGCUGUAAGAGUACGAGAUUUGUUUAAGAAUGCUUGGGAAAUGUCGCCACUUUCAUACAGGCUUGUUAAUGCAUUUUUAAUUGAAAUCAUGCACGAUCUUUUGUCAGCCUUUGUGUGUCUUCAGAGAUAAUAGAGUAAGCCUCUCAGGAAAUUAAUUCUUGCAAAGAUCAUCACAUACUAGUUGCCAACAGUGUGGUUGAUAUUCUCCAUCCACACAAGAGUAUAACUUUUUCUAUGCAAUGACCUUUCAUGGCACAAACCAGCUGUAACUGCCUGUAAUUUUAUGUUUAUAACAAUUUAAAUAUCACUACUCUUCCCUGGAUAAGAUGCAAUUCUAUUGUUGCUUACCCCUGUGCAUAAAUUACAGAAUUUUUAACUGUUCCUCAGUCAGACAUUCACACUGUUAAGUACUGAGAGAGGCAUGGUCAGGAGAUAGUCUCAUGUUACAGGAUGACUGCUUCAAGGGCUUAAAUCUGUAUCCUCUGACCUGGGACUUUAUUCCUGAAAGAUAGGGAAACAUAGGGGGGCUGUCAUUUUUCUUUUCUGAGUUUCUUUCAUCAGAAAAUGUAUAGUUUGGCUACUUAACCAAUGAAAAUACUAGAAUAAUCAGGAUGGACUGGUGUUUGAGCUAAGGCAUGUAUUAUUAUUUUUUUACAGUAAGAUAUUAUAUUACUCAAUGCCUACAGAGUUGCCAAAUGAAUAUUUUUGAGAAAUGAGUCCCUGUAGUUGAAAAAGUUUUUUUCUAGGGCUUGUUUACAUGUAGCUCCCAUGCUUAGGCAGUGUUGUAAUUGGACAUAAAAGUGAUGGAGAAUGGCCAGAACUUCUUAGUGUUCCUAAAAAAAAAAAGAGAGAGAGAGAGCUAGUAAUCUCAGUUUUUUCUUCAGAGAUGAAUUUUGAAUUGACAUGUUGUCAUUGAGAGAUGUGCUAAAAAUCAUCAUUACAACAAUUAUUUUUCUUGUCACCUGUUUCUUGUAUAACUAUCUUCUUGGAAAACAUUUAUCCAGUGCUUCACAUCAGUUACAGAACCUUCUGCUAUCAAUAAUUAACAAGGAAAGUCAAUUAUCUUAUAUACAUGUAUACUGCACCUAACAGCUCCUCUACCCAAUGACAGAAUCAGUUAAUAAAUUGAACAUUACAUUUGAUAUUUGAGGUAAGGUUCUACUUUGAGAACUGCAAGGAACUUAAACCCUUUAACCCCCUUAAGUGACCAAGGCAGAAUUUCUCCUUACAAAACCAAUAUGAUAUCAAGCAGACAAGUGAUGAGAAUAAAGAAAAAUAUAUAUCAGGGAUAACUGGUUGAUUCAAUACCAAAUUCUCUGAAUUAACAUUGUGAGAAUUGUAUGGAAGACAGUAGAGAGAAUUACUAGUGAGAUCUUGGGAAUGGAAAGGUUAAGGAAAAUCUUGACCAUGAGAGACUGAAUUCUGCAUCAAGUCCUGUUUAUUUAAAGAGUCUACAAACAACCCACAGCAGAAACUGCUUUCAACCAGAUGCAUGCUUUGUCCUCCCAAUCCAAAACUUAAGCUCCACUUUACCUCGGGCAUGUCAGGUCGAUUAUGUCAAAUCACGAGUAUUUUGGUUUCUUCAACUUUGUUUAGUGUGAAGGUAUGAGAAACUUGUGUUCAAGGCCAUACAACAGAUCUACAAAAAAUAAUUUGCAGCAUACAAGUCUAACAUUACAAGUUAUGAGAUACAGAUGUAUCUCAAAUGGCAGGAUAAAUUAGUAGUAACAACUGAGUUGAUAGCGUAAAUUUUAAAGAGUUUGAAGAGUUUUUUCAGCUUUGAAACUCUGCAGUGUCCAAUUUACAUUACCAGCUCAGGGGAUAAUACUAAAUUCCCCUUUUAUACUCUCCAACUGAUGCAGCACCACAGUUUCUUUAGAAACUUACCCCCUUUAUUCAUGUAUCUCAAACAGUUUGGAGAGAACUGAAAUGUUUUCUCAAAGCCAAUACAGGGCUAAAAUCCCUUUGUGGUCAUAGGAGUAUCUGCCAUGAUUGCUGACAACCCUCUAAUUCCUAAGAUCAAAAGAUAAAUUCACUGCACUUUAUUCCAUUCAUUUUUCUUGUGACCCCUUUAUGGAAAAAUUUAUCACUAUUGUAGGGAGAAAUGUUUUUUUGGUCACUCUAGUAGGUGAAUGGGCUAACCCUUUAACUCCCAGAUCAAAUUUGUAAUUCUCCUUACUGUCAACCAUACAAUUCUUCUAUUGUUAGUCAAAGAAUUAGUAUUGGAUCAACCAAUUAUUCCCAAAUUGAUCUUUUUCUUUAUUCUCAUCACUUAUCUGGUCAAUAUUGUAUAGAGAUUGUAAGGAGAAAUUCUGCCUUGGUCACUCAUAAGAGUUAAAGGGUGAAGAGAUCUCUUAUUUAAUAAUAAACCCCUUUCUAGAGCUUCAAGUUCCCAUUAAGCCUCCUCUCCCUCCCUUGAAACAAAAUAUUGCAUCCAUGAUUGUCGUCUACCUAAUCUUUAUCAGACAAGACAGUGAAUCUAACUCGGAAGGUUCUGACAGCAGCCAGUCGGAAUCAGAUUCUGACGAUGAGGGAAAUGAACAGAAUGUUGCACCAAGACGGCCACCUCCUCCAUUGUCACAUUAUCAGAUGUCUUCACCUGGUGAUUUACAUCACACUGUAAACAAUAAUCCAACCACACCAACACAGAAGAAGAAGUUUGAUGAAAGGGUAUGUAUCUACAUGGCCUUAUAACUCCAUAGUAUUUUUUGACACUUGCAGUUGACCUUUUAACUUUCAAAAAUCCCUGUAACAUUCAUACAUUGUCCCAGACACAGGUAAUCAGAAUACUCAAACUUAUCAGGUUAAGAGGUUACCUCGAUCUAAUGCCAAAUUCUCAUAAUUUAUUUAUAAGGAAAUUUUUUGCAGUUAGAGGGGAGAGUUAACAAUCAGGUCUUAAGUUUAACGGCUAACAAUGAUUGAAAGAUUUGUGUUAGUGACAGGGUACUUCUCUCAAAGCCGCAUAUGUAUAAUUGCAGUAAAACCUUCAAUUUUUUUGAGGCCAGGAUAUUGCAACUCAAUGACCACAACUUUUUCCACUCCUACCCUGACAUCAAAAUGCACAUCCUCCAUAAUUUUCCCUAUAUAUUUGCUAUAGAAUGGACAAGGGUAAUUUGUCUCACAAUCAAGCUUCUUCAGUUGGUUAUUAUUUGUUAAUUCUCCAGACCUUAAUGUUUAAUUAAGCAGUGAUACUGUAAGAAGAUAUUGGAGGCUGGUCACUCUUAGGGGUUAGGUGAGAGCAGCUGGAUACAAAAAAAGUAAAAUUACAAUUUUACAGUGUAUUUGUCAGAGAUUUAGUUAGCUCUUUUACUCCAAUAAGUGGCUAGCAUCUUGGGAAUGGAAAGGUUAAGGAAAAUCUUGACCAUGCAGGGCGUGAAAUUGCGCCUAAUACAGGCGCCAAUGCGACUAAAUUUUUCACUUUGGCGACCAAAUCCUGAAAGUUAGUCGCCAAAUUGGCGACUACAACGUUUCAUCAUAACCUUACCAAGAGAUAUAGUGAAUUAAAUAAAUUUGCAAAGAUAAAUCUGCGGCAAACUUCCUCGUUUAGUUUGUUUCCAAAACGUAGCACAUGUAUCUCGAUCGAUAACUAGACGCCAUCUUGGAUUUAGAUGAGCCUGAAGGUUGUAUAUCAUACAUCCUAGUGUCCACUUUGUAGCACGUUAAAGAUCUUUUCCCUAACUUAAUUUUGGAGGGUCUAUCUAGAAUGCUGACAGCGUAAAGGAAGAUUUUGUUUGUCUUUGAAAAUGGCAACCAACUUUUUUUGAAUUGGCUACCACUUUGAAGAAUUCAGGAGUCAAGUGGCUAUCAGAAAAAAAAGUUAAUUUCACGCCCUGCCAUGGGAGACUGAAUUCUGCAUCAAGUCCUGUUUAUUUAAAGAAACUGCUUUCAACCAGAUGCAUACAAAAUCACACUUGAAUCAAACAUUACAAUCUUGAGAAUAGAGAAAAUGAUCACGAACUAAAGAAGCUCUUAAUUGUUAGACAAACUCUCCUUGUCUGAACCUUAGGAAAUGUGUAGAGAGCAGUAUGGAGAAGAUGCAUACUGAUGCGUUUGGGUGUAAAGUGUUAAGAAGCAUUAUAUCCCACUCUCUGAAGGCAAUUAGAGAUCAGUAAAAUCUUUGUUCUAAUAUACUAGUAUUUUUCUGUACUGACAUUUCAGUGAUAUUAGCAAUAAUUAGUUUCUAAUUUAAGUUUAAAGUAUUGGUAUUCUGAUGGUUAAAUUAGUUUUGGGAAGAGGAUCCAGAAACAUAUGGAGUCAGAAGAUCUGGAAGAUCAAGAAAGGAACCAGAAAGAUUUACUGUAGCUCAAGAGGUACUGUGGCCGUUAUCAAGACUUAACAUCAUUCAUGUUAAUGUAUCUAUACUCUCUCUGAUAUUCUUCCGGAAUGUCCCUUAUGAAAUAAGUAUCAUUAUGCUUACCUUUUUAGGAAAAUAGCAUGUAUAUUGGUAUGGUGUGUGGCACCUUUGAGGUUUUGAUUCAGAUCUGAAGCCAAUGCAAGAGAAAAUCCCCCAGUUUUUAAAUUUACAGAGUAAAUCUACCAACUCAUAUGCCUUGAUAAACCCUCAGCCUUAGAAGGGAGAACACUGGAGAGGAAGUUGUGCCAGAAUUAUUGGCAUGUCUGUAGACAUUUUUUUUAACAUCUUUAGAAAUCUUUGGGCUUGAUUUUUGAGAUUUAUCAGGUCCUCUUGGAAAAACUUAUACUUUUGACUCCCCAAACAUUUAAUUAGUGAUAGGUGUACUAUGGUGUGAUACAAAGGUGAUAUGUUCACUAAGCAUCCAUCUUUUAUCCCAGAUGGCCUUUUUAACUGUAGUUUGCUUGUUCUUUUUGAAAGUUGUUCAAAAUCAUUAAAUCUUGUAAUGGGAUAAAGUUUCCAUAAUUUUUUUUAUCUCCAGGGAUCAGGAAGUGAGGAUGAAGAGAAGAAUGAGGGAGUACUCAGAACAAAGAAACUAAAACCAAAGGGAAGGAAAGGAAGAAGAAUUUCAUCAGCAAGGUUGGAGGAAACUUGUUAAUUUAGUUACGCCCCCCACUUUUCAGACAAGAGUCUAAAAACUCAAAACUAAAUGAAAUCAGAAAUACACAUAUAGUUAAGGGUAACUCAGAGCUGACGUGAAUAUCAUUAGGAACCAAGAAAAGUCAAUGGUGAACAAGCUUAAACUUUGGAUAGUGUGUUUGAUCAAGUGGGAAUUAGUUACAGGAUGGUGGUUGGUUUUCUUUCCAAGUCCUAGGACCUGAAUUAUCCAGGCAUCCAUUGCAGACAAAGUAAACUAAAAGUAAAUAAAGGAGUAUUGUUCAACUUUUUAUUGACAUUUAAAAGACAUUUAACCUUGUGACUCCCAGGAGUGACAAGCAUCUAAUUUCUCCUUACAAUAUUCACACAUUAAGGUCACAAAAUUCUCCUUAUCAGCACCUCAGGAAAUGUAAAGAAAACAGUAUGGAGAAUAUACAUUCUGAUGUUAGAGUGUAAAGGAUUUAUAACCUCAUCAGCUCCAUAUAUGUGAAGUUUCUCUGCUCCCCCCUUCCUUUUUUUCACCCUCCUUGUAUGUUUGAUCUGUACCUGUUCUAAACUGCCAGGUUACCUCUUUCUUUUAGUGAAGACUGGUCGGUGGUUGAUGGUCAGGGAAGUGACAGUGAAAGCAGUGACAACUACACUCCUGAUCUUGAGGUUAGAAACAGACCUAGACCUGUGCCACGUCCAAAUGCAAGGGUACCACCAAUAGUGCCCAAGCCAAAAGAUCUUGCACCUCGAAAGAAAGUUAGUGUACAUGAACCCUCACCACAAAAAGCACCCAGUAGGGUGAAGAAACUUGAGAGUGAAGAAUCAGAUGAAGGUGAUGAAAAUGAUGAUGAUGAUGAUGAUGAUGAGAGUAAUAGAAACUCUGUAAGAAGGGCUGCAGUAACAAUUUCAAGGUAAGUAACAGCAAUACUUAAUUUUGAGCAGUGCACCAUAGCCUCUCUACAGAAAAAAAUUCCUAUAAGUUUAUAGUAUUUAAAAUGUGAUGUCCAUUAUAUUUGUUUAUGAAUUAGGAAAUAGCAUUCAGGAAUUAAUACACAAACUUGUACAACUUUUCUCAAAGUUCAUAAUGCUGUACUAUACGUUCCGUAAUUUACAGGUAUGUUUGGUAUUAUGCAGUAGUUCCAUGCUUUUUGUAUAAUUUUUUUGUUUUCAAUUGUAACAGCUAUAAAGAAGAGAGUGAAGAUGGAACUGACUCUGAUGAUCUGGUUGAGGCAAAUUAUGACACCACAGGAGAGUAUGUUGAAGACGACAGAGAAUGCAUUGAGAGAGUCCUCAUCAGUCGUGUUGGCCGACCAGGGGAGAUUGGAGCCAUGACUACAGUCUAUGCACCAGAGUAUGAAGAAAUGCAGAAGCAUGGGGAACCUUUCCAUGGAGAACCCAACGAGAUCCAAUACCUGAUAAAGUGGAAAGGUUGGUCACAUCUGCAUAACACAUGGGAAACUGAGAAGAGCCUUACUGAUCAGAAUGUGAAAGGAAUGAAAAAAUUAAGCAACUUCAUUAAAAAAGAUGAAGAAAUUGCAACCUGGUAAGAAUUCUGCUGUUUAUAGGGAGCUUUAAGAACUCACGAUGGCUAUGCUGUAUUUUCUUGUGGUAGAUCUAUUCUGGAAGAUUGAUCACAACAGAGCUAUACUUAGCUGAGCACAAUCACACUCAGAGGUAACACUUUCAUAUUGAUUUAAUUCCUUUUUUUAGGAAAAAGUUUGCUGCUCCAGAGGACGUGGAAUAUUUUGAUAUUCAGUUGCAAAUGAACUAUGAUCUCCUGGAUGAAUACAAGGACGUUGAAAGGAUCAUAGGUACAUGAAUUUCAUCAAUUAACACUUUUAUUUCAAGUUAUUUCUAGUAGCAAUUGAAUAUCAGUGAUGUAAAAAGCUUUGUACAUUUUCUUAACAACUCUUUCUUCUACUCCGAUAUGAGCUGUAGUAUAUACAUGUAACUGGAAAUAUUUACACUUGUUCUCUGUUUAUACCCUCUUUUGGUGACACUAGGAAAACCCUGAGUACCAUAAUUAUUUAGAGAAUGUCUUGUGUGUCGAGGAAAAAGCCAAUUAGGUGUCUGAAAACUAAACAGCUUUGGGUUUCCAUGUUGCCUUGUGUGGUUUGAACUUACAUGUGAUUGGUCAGUACACAAUUGACCUGUUAAAGUCAGACUUAAGUUAUAGCUUUUGAGCCUUACAGUAAUUUUUCAGAAUGUAAAAGUUUGUACAGUAAAAAGAGACUCUAUUCAUUGAGUUUAAAUUCAUAAGGGUAGAAAAUUUGAGAUGGAACUCCAAAUAAAAAAUUUCACCAUUUUUUAUAGACCAGAUUGGUGCAAGAAUAUAUACAAUACUUGUAGAAUACUAAAUGGUUAGUAAUUGUAUAAAUUGAUUAUGGUUUACCAUGCAAAAUACACCUUAUUUUUGCAGCUCACACUGUGGUAAAAAGUGCUGAUGUGAAUGGUGGCACUGUCAACCAAGUGGACUAUCUUUGUAAGUGGCAGGGUUUGCCCUAUGUUGAGAGCACUUGGGAAGAUGGUGCUCUUGUUUCCAGAUUUUAUCAACUGAAAGUUGAUUCUUACCUCAACCGACAACGCUCUGAGAAAAUCCCUGGAAAGAGUGCAAAAGUAAAUCGGCAGAGACCAAAGUUUACUCCCAUCAAAAGACAGCCAUCCUUUCUUGGAAAUGAAGAUCUCCAACUCAGAGAUUAUCAACUUGAUGGACUGAAUUGGCUGGUUAACUCUUGGUGUAGAAGCCACUCAGUGAUUCUGGCAGAUGAAAUGGGACUUGGUAAAACAAUCCAAGUCAUUUCCUUUCUCUCCUACUUGUAUAAUGCUCAAUCUCUCUAUGGACCUUUCUUGUUGGUUGUUCCACUGUCGACCAUGGCUGCUUGGCAGAGAGAGUUUAGCUUAUGGGCCAGAGACAUAAAUGUGGUAGUUUAUCUGGGAGAUGUAACAAGUAGAAAUAAGGUGAGUUUUUUUUUGUUAUUAUUGUGUUGGUUAUGGCUGUCUUUGUCCUAGCCCCCAGAGUCAAGGCAGUUAUCCCAGUUUACCACUGAACCCUGUCCUGCACUUUGGUCAGACAAGGUAUCAUACAUUGUACCUGCAGUAGUGUACUUUCCAUAUAUGCAUGGGUCUGUCAAAAAUCUUGAAGUGCCAUGAAGAGUUCACAAAAGGAUCAAAGGGAUCACUGUGUGAUGUGGUUGUUUGCUGGUUACUUACAGUUUAAUGAGAAUUUUCUGACUUUUUGUCUUUACAGAUCCGUGAAUAUGAAUGGUAUCGUGCCAACAGCAAGUCCCUCAAAUUCAAUGCACUUCUGACAACCUAUGAAAUCUUAUUGAAAGAUAGGGUGUGUAAAAAAAGUAGUUCUAAAUUUCAUCACAGAACAAUACAAGUCCAGGAUAAAUCAAAGUAUAAAUUUGUUAUUGAUGAUUGUUUGUUUGUGUGUUUGUUUGUUUGUUUGUUUGUUUCUUUGUUUCAAUUUGUGCUCUGAAGUUGAUAAAGCAGUCAAAGCUAACCCUGAUAAUUCUUAUUCAGCAAACAUUAGGAACUAUCAACUGGUGUUGCUUGGUGGUGGACGAGGCUCACAGACUAAAGAAUGAUGAUGCUCUUCUGUAUAAAGCUCUCAUGGAAUUUACCACCAACCACAGAAUUCUGAUAACAGGCACCCCACUGCAGAACUCUCUGAAAGAACUGUGGGCUUUGCUACAAUUUAUCAUGCCUAAUAGGUAAUUCUUGAUGGGUCUUUUUUUCUGAACUGUAAUUUUGAGAUCCUAUGAAAAUUUAAAACAUGGAUUUUUUUUUUAUUUGGGACCUUGUUGUUACCACCACUCUUUGGUUAAGUUUACUAAAGCUCUCAGGAAGAAUGUGUGCUAUAAUUGGUCAAUUUAGGGGGGCACAUUUCACAGUACAGCCCAUGAACUUAUGAGUUUGUUUUAAUUGAAACCUCUCUCUAAAGAAAUGAUCAACAUCUUACCAACCUCAUUCUCUUGGUCUGUACUGUAAAUUACAAAGCCUCAAACAAUACUUGGUUUGCAACUUACAGUACAGACCUCAAACUUGUUUAUUAAGAUAUUUAUUUCCAGUCUCUCAUACAGUGAAAGUUGAAAAUCUUAAAACCUCACUUAAAAUCAAGAGUUAAUUUUCUUUACUGUAGAUAAAUAUUAUAAUGCAUGUGCAAACAAAGCUGUUCAGUUGGAUGUGUUUAGUAAUAAUAAAUUGUGACAGUAAUAUCUUUUGUUGUUAUGCAGGUUUUACUCAUGGGAUGACUUUGAGCAGAUGCAUGCUACUCAAGAAGAGAAAGAAAUAGGAUUUUCUACUUUACACAAAGAAUUAGAGCCUUUCCUUUUAAGAAGGGUCAAGAAAGAUGUUGAGAAGUCUUUACCAGCUAAGGUAGGAAUUGAUUUCAUUACAAAAUGUAACAUAAUGAAUUAGUUUUUUCUUGAUUUAUUAUAAUGUGGCCUAAUGGUCAGAGCACUGUGGAGUCUGCAUGGAGAGGUCCUGUUGGAGGCCUAGCUGGGUCAAUGUGUUGUGUUCUUAAGCUUAACACUUUCCUUUCACAGUGCCUCUAUCCACCCAGGAGUAUAAAUUGGUAUUGGAAAAUUUUCGGGGAGGCCUUUUGAAAUGCUAGGGGGGAAAUUGGCAUCCCAUCCAGAGGGGUGUAGUGAUACUCCUAAUCACCUCAUGCUAAGGAAACUGGGAUAAGCUCAGGCUGGAUGGGCCAAGUGACUCAAGUGCAGAAUUGACCUUUUUUAAUGUGACAAUAAUGAGCAUUGAAUUUUUUACUCUGAUGAACAUAGCAGAAGAGUCACAAAGAGUGGAGAGCUGGACUUCCUGAUUUAUUUUGUUAUGUUAUUAAAGAAAAAAUGUCAAACAGAUUCAAAGUAAUAGAUACAUGUAUGUAUAUUGGUGUUCAGUCUUGUGCAGUAACUAGGGUGAUGGUCACAGAUGAUGGUGAUGAUUUUUCAGUGCAAAAUUUUUACAUGGACAAAAAAUCUUACAUUUUUCUUCCUUGUCACAAAUAUAGGUGGAACAAAUAUUAAGAGUUGAAAUGUCAUCAAUUCAGAAACAGUAUUAUAGGUGAGUAAGAAACAUAUCUGUUUCUCCCCCUGGUCAGGCAUAUUAAGGAAAAACAAAUCAUAUUCUUGUCAUGGAAUUUAAUCCAAAUAAUGUUUCUUCCAUGUACCCAUACAAGUUUGGUUGUUUCUUUCUUCAUGAUACAAGGACACCAGACUUAAAAAACUGGCAGCAAUACACAUAUUCUCUGUACUGUUAUCUAUGCAUUGGUUGAAGUGCUGACAAGGAGAAUUUGUUCAACAAUCAAGAGCUUCUUUAGUUAAUGUUCAGUUCAGUUAUCCCUAUGACCUUAAUGUGUGAUUUAGGGGUGGUAAUGUGGAGUCAAGUUAGAUGCUAGGCACCAUAAGGAUUCAAAGUUUUAUGUAGGUUCUUAUUUUUUGUUCUGUUUUGAUAGGUGGAUCCUAACAAAAAACUUUGCAGCAUUGAAUAAAGGCUUGAAGGGAAAUGCAAACAGUUUUCUAAACAUUGUGAUGGAGCUGAAAAAAUGCUGCAACCACGCUCAGCUAAUCAGACCAGAUACUAGUCAAACAACCACUGAUUCUUUGCAGGUACAGUAAUUUGAAUCUCAAUAAUUCUUAAUACCACAGAGAGUACUACUACCUCUUAAAGUAACAAUAACGCUAAUUAAUAUUAGUGAGAUUUAUCUGUGGCACAUCCACAAGGUGCCUCAGAGCAAGAAGGAGAAUCAACAACAAACUUGACCAACAUUUGCUGUCAGGUCAAGGAAAAGAAUUGACCCAGGCCACAGCAGUGGGAGGCAAGCAUUCUCACCUAUGCUUCAUUCCUGUUUACCUCCCUCUUCACUUAUGCGAGGUUAUAGUUAUGGACAUUGUAAGUUUACUUGAAAGAUGUUUACCAUCAUUAUUAACUAGUAAUGUGGCCUUUAGAAUUUCACACAGAUCAAAAAUAACUGUUAAUAUUUUGUGUCAUAUUUUUCAGAACCUGAUUAGAGGAAGUGGCAAACUGUUUUUACUGGACAAGCUGUUGUGCAGAUUAAAGGAGACAGGCCACAGAGUUCUGAUCUUCUCACAGAUGGUGCGAAUGCUGGACAUUCUAGCUGAGUAUCUGCAGCAACGACGUUUUCUAUUCCAGGUAUGUGAUAACAACUUCUUUUUCCAAAAAAAUCAUUUGUACCCCUCAAUUAAGGGAUAAUGUUUGGAUCAGGUUCUACAAUAAACAGCAAGACUGUCUUUAGAUGUCUAUCUGAGGGUAGUUGAUGAAGGCAAAGCCUAAAUCAGCUGUUGUGCACAGAUCAAGUGUUAUUGAUAGAAUUCUUGUAGAUUUCCGCUUGAAAUAAUUACUGGUGUCUUGAUGAUUAUUAAAAUAUAUAAUUUGUGAUUGUAGAGACUGGAUGGCUCAAUAAGAGGUGAUUUAAGAAAACAGGCUUUGGAUCACUUUAAUGCUGAAGGAUCUGAGGUAUGUUUCUCUCUUUUUACUUGGUGCAAAACUUCACUCAUUCCACCAACCAAGAACAAGAGUUUAAAAAAAAACUUCAGUGUAAGUGUUAAGUCUGAUAGCAGUUACAAGCCACAGGUGAUGGACACUUUCUUCAAUUCCUAGAAUUAUAAGAGCAUGGUUAGCAAAAUCCACAAAACAAAAUCAUUAUUAUGAGAAAGUACUUUGUAAGUACUACUAUAUUUUUGUUUUUAAAAAUAAAUUUAAGUGUCGAGCCACACUGUGUAGAUCUUGCCCAAUAUUGUGAUGCAAAUUAUUACUGUCGUAACAUGAUGUUGGUUUUGUCAUUUUCCUCAAGGAUUUCUGUUUCCUGCUGUCCACUCGUGCUGGUGGCCUGGGCAUUAAUCUUGCCACUGCUGACACAGUCAUCAUUUUUGACUCAGACUGGAAUCCCCAGAAUGACUUGCAAGCCCAGGCUCGUGCACACAGGAUAGGACAGAGAAAUCAGGUUGGUUGGUAGAUUUCAACAUAUGAAAACUGCUUAAAGGAGAAGUGUAUUUCAGAAACCAUCUAAUCGUCAACUCCUUCAUUAAUACUCAACCUCUACAAGUGACUGGUCUCUAAAUUCUUGCUCUAUCACCCCCCAAAUCACAUACUCAGGUCAAAAGGAAAUUAUCAUGAACAAAAGGAGCUCAUGAUUGUUCAAUAAAUUCUCCUUGUCAGCACUUUAGAAAAUCUGUGGAGAACAGUAUGGAGAAAUUACAUACUGAUGUUAGGUUUGAAAGGGUUUAAAAAUUAUGUCUGAAAUUAUGGUAAUGCCUCAAGUUUUAGUUUCCAAAUAAGAAACCUUUUCUUUUGAAAAUUUUGCCGUCAAAUGUGUUUUAAUUCUGGACUGAUGCUGUUGCAUUUCAUUGAUCCCAAACUUGUCUUACUGCACUUCGUUUCUGUUGGUAUAUGCAGUAUUAAACAUGUUUAUUCUUCUGGAACCUUUUUGCUGACAUUUUUCUCUAAAAUUGCUAGUGGACUUACAGUGUACAGUUAAUACUCUAGUUAAAAUCUACUCCAAUCACUCCUUUUCUUUACUAGGUCAAUAUCUAUCGUCUUGUGUCUAAAGGCAGUAUUGAGGAAGACAUAUUGGAGCGUGCAAAGCGCAAGAUGGUUCUUGAUCAUCUUAUCAUUCAAAGAAUGGACACCACUGGGAGAAAGGUGUUAUCCAAGAAUACUGGGGCUCCAUCUUCGUAAGUUCGAUACAAUGUAGCUUAUUUUAAGACCCAGCUACAUUUUGCAUUCAACAUAAAGAGUAGAUAGUAGUAAGUGGGCACAAGAACUCCUUUUGUCCUUUAUAUGCUCUUUGCAGACGACAUAAACUGUAAUAAUUGUGAUAAUAAUGAUAAUGUUAAUGGCAGUACUAAUAAUCAUGUCUUAAGAUUUACUCAGAUAUCAAAGAACCUUGUUGCAAACCUAUCCGAGCUCAACACACAAUAAAUUGCAUUUUAAACAGGCUUUUUUAUUUUCCUUUUUUCACACGAAUUAUUUUUGCUCCAGGAGUAAUCCAUUUAACAAAGAAGAACUUGCUGCAAUCUUGAAGUUUGGUGCUGAGGAACUCUUUAAAGAAGGAGACGGAGAAGAUACCCAACUGCAGGUUCAUUAUAUUUUUCAUUGCUAGAAAUUUGUCGUUCAGCAAUCAAAGUCUUCAUAAAAACCCAAGGUUGAAAGUGAUCGAGCACGCUGUGAGGAUUCUAGUUUUGAUCAUCAGCCAAAAUUAUCUUGUCUUAUCUGUAGAGUGGCAAGAACGUGUGAUAAUGAUCGGAAUUUGUAUCGAUUGACCAAUUGGCAGUGGGCUGUAUGGUAAUCUAAUGUGUAAUGAAUUUUCCACUUGUAGGAAAUGGAUAUUGAUGACAUUCUUAGAGCAGCUGAAACUCGGGAUUCUGAUGAUCACCCUCAUACUAUAGGAGAAGAAUUACUGUCACAGUUCAAGGUAUGGUUCAUGGCUAUUUUUGUAGAGGCUGUCCUUAAAGCUAAUGGGGUUUCUCUCAGGUAGAGCUGUAUUGACAACAUCUCUUAGCGGGCAAAGUUUCUUGAGAGUUUCCAGGGUUUUGCUGGCUUCUUCAAUCAACAACUCAACAUGCUGGCGUAAGGAUUAGUUAGGUUGAUUGUUCACUGCCAAAAGCUUUCUUCUGUUGUCAUGGAUUAAGUAGCCUUGGGAGAGAAUGGAUUGGGUCAAGACACGGUGUGAGUUUCUUGUACAGAUGUAGCUCGACCCAGCCUCUUCUCCUUCAUACCUCAAUUAUAUGUUUGGUUUCCUUCAGCGCUUGUAGAAUGGAAAUGGAGGCAAAAAAGCAACUUGCCUAGAUAAGCUGUUAAACGUGAUUACCAACAUUUUCUUUUGACAAACCUGAAAAACGGAAAAAAAAAAGAAAGAAAGAAAAAAGUAACAUUAACGUAAAGGAUCAAUGGCAAAGAAUUGUUUCCAUAAGGCGUUGUUACGGUAAUGCCUGCAGGUUGCUAGUAUUGCUAUGGAUGAAGAUGAAGUUGCCGGAGUAGCUCAAGAGCCCAAUUCAACAGAUGAAGGCAAAAGCUGGUCAGACAUCAUCCCUGAAUCAGACAGGAAAAAGAUCGAGGAGGAAGAAGAGCAGAAGAAACAGUUGGAGUUGUAUUUGCCGCCUCGUAACCGAAAAACUGUAAAAAAGGUACUGCCUUUUUUCCCCUUCGUAUAUCGCUUCUCAAAUGAGUUUUUAAGCUACAACCAAGGUGACUAAUUGCGAAUCAGAAUAGGCUUAAAUAAAAAUAUCGCAUGCAGUAAUACGAACUCACAGCCUAGAUGAGGGAAUUGCCUCAAGAGAAGGAAAAUGCACGUGACUACGUCAUGAUUGGUUUCAGUAUUGCACGUGACUAGGGCAUGAUUGGUUUAGUUUUGCAUUUAACUGGCUGAGAGAGUGGUGUUUCUUUUUUGAACCUCUUACCUAGCGAAGUAAAGGAAAACCAAUGCAAUAUUGAAUUUAUUUCGACAUUCGAUGUAAAAUCCAUUGAAUACGAAAUCACGUUGUUCAUUCAACAGAUGAAUUAUGGCAAAGCCGGGCACAGUGACAAUGAGCAAGAAACAAGCUACAGAAGGAAAACGAGUCGGAAGAAAAAAUCAGAAUCAGAGAGUGAUGAUGAUUCUGGUGGAGAAGGCAAAGGGAUUAAGCGAAAGCGUGGACGGCCACGCACAAUAAAAAGAGAAGAUGUUGAAGGCUUUAGUGAUGCUGAAAUACGAAGGUUGGAAACGUGACAUUGAUCUGUUAGUUUUUACUGAAUAAAGUUCUCAUAACAAACAUCUUUCAUAUCAGCAAAUAUAGCUGGGGAAGGUUUAGGAUGGACUACCUUUCUUUAGAAGUGUAAGAUAAAUCAUUACUUUCCAGUAUACCUCGCUAACCUAUGCUCACCUUUUUUUUUACAUCAGAUUUGUUAAAAGUUAUAAGAAGUUUGGCAGACCAAGAUCCAGGUAUUCUGAUGGGUUUUUUUUAACUUUAAGUCUUCAAGCACUGGUACUGUGUUUCUUUACGAAAUGUAACAACUUCAUGAAUUCCGGAUCUGUUAUAGGUGGGCAUGUGAGUUUUUAUGUGUUUAUGGAUUAAAUAAAGAUUUUUCCUGGGGUGAAAAGUUGUUGAUCAAGACUUGACAAACUAGAGACUGAGAUUUUCCAACAAAGGGGGUAAGUUUCGAAAGAAACUGGGGUGCUGCGUCGAUGGGAGAGUAUAGCAGGGUCAUUUGGUAUUAUCAACCGAGUUUGUAACGUAAAUUGGCCACCUAAAGAGUUUCAGAGCUCUGACGAAGGGCUAACGCUCGGAACGUUAGCUUUGAAACUCUUUAACGGUGGCCUAUGUUAUUACGUUAUCAACUCAGUUGAUAAUAACAAAUUACUUUGAGAUUCUCCAAUGCUAUGAGCCAAACCGCUUUGCUGUAUGAUGUUGGAAUGACACAUUUUUCAAAAUCUCUCUCGAUGACAGACUUGACGCAAUUGCAGUUGAUGCUGAACUGGAAGAUAAACCAACUGAAGACCUUGUUAGACUGGCAGAUAUUUUACAUAAUGGUUGUUUGCGAGCUGUGGCAGAAUAUGAAGAAAAACUGAAGGAAGAUCCAAACUUUGAUGGUAAGUUGUCGUGCAUAGCCUUUGAUUGUAUUCUACUCUUGAUGCAACCCUUAAAAACGAAUCCUCAUCAUUGUAUACUGGAAGCUAAACAAUAAAUGGGUUAUAAGGUCUUAACCGCACAGACAACAUAUAAAUGCUAAAUCAAGUAUAAGAUGAUGACAAGGACUUAUUGUUAUUAACUGCCUUUGUCGAACUGGCAUCUUUGGUUUCUGUAUAAGCGUCAAGAAGAAAAGAAUUGCCAUAAUUUGUCAGUAUUUUAUCAUGGUGUUCAGAGAAGUAGAGGUUACUGUUUUUACCUGUGAAACUAGAUUCUUUGAAAACAAUUUAUUGGUUAGUUUGGCUCAGUUACGAAUCCAAUAUCCCUGAUUAAAAAGCGUUCUAAUUGAAUCUCGUGAGAACGGGGUCUAAUUUUUUGUGGACUUUCGUAACAGGUAAAAAGCGUGGAGCCACUGUACGACUCAGUAACGUGACCAUAAAUGCACCAUCGGUGUUGAAACACGAAGAAGAACUUGAAUCACUUGCCGUCAUCAUGCCAGCAGACAGUGACGCUAGACGAAAGUGAGUAAACGACUACAGUUAAAUUUUAUUUUAGGGACAGGUUGAACAGUUCAAGGCUUGCAUAUGACUUUUUUCCUUGAUUUUCCUCCUUCAUGGCCCUGUGUCUUUCGUUUUAUUCUGCAUUUUUUACCUUUUUAGGUUCCGUCUGACUGCACCUGCCAAAAGUGUACACUGGGGAGUCCCAUGGGAUGUUCCUGAUGACUCCAUGUUACUGGUCGGAAUCUAUGAAUAUGGAUUAGGAAGCUGGGAGGCCAUCAAGGCUGAUCAGAGUCUGUCGCUGUCGUCUAAGGUAAAAGAGCUGCUCUCUUGUUAACGUUUCAGUUUAAAUCGUUUUGAAGUAGAAGCACGUUAAUGCUGAAUGUUUCUCCAGUUUCUAUGGCAUGGAGAGACCGAGAUGACUGCAUACCCCUCCCCCUUCCCCACCAGGGGAGGGAAGUUUAUUUCAGUUAUAAUACCUUCACUCUCUCCCCCUCCCAGAAUGAAAAAGUGGGAGGCUGAAGUGUCUUGCAUAAGAACACGACAAAAUCACACGGCCAGAGGCCAUUUUCUCUCAUUUUACCGAAAACGGAGAUCAUUAACCAGACUCUUUUGACAUAAAUCGUUUUUUUUUUUCCCCUCUUCUAGAUCCUUCCUCCCGGGACAUUGAAGCCCCAAGAUAAGCAUUUGCAAACGAGGGUGGAAUAUCUAAUAAAACUUUUAAAGCAAGCUGCUAUCGAAGACAAAGCAGAACAACUCCGAAAGGUUAGUGGUGUGAUAGCGGUUAGUUUUACCCUUGAACCUGAAAAGCCUUGUUGGUCCUUUUUCGCGAAAUGGUUUUUAAACGCAACUAGCCUAAUUGCAUGCUUCUUGAAAGUCAUGAGGGGAACGUGAAAGAGGAAAUCGAUUGCGGCACUCGAAAAAUAUCGAAUUUUCAUUUUCGAGGCCCCACCGUGCUACAGUAAUUAUUAUUAUUUAUUGAGCACCUGCAAAACCGCUGCUUUUCAGCUAAUCCGCGUAAACGCUCGGCUGUGUAAUUUAAAGUUACAUGUUAGGGAAGUCCCGAAAAAGGGGCUUUAGUUGUUGACAGUAACCGCAUCAUGUUUCGACAACCUGUGCGGAAGUCAUCGACAGGUUGAAGUCAUCAUUAAAGUGGUCACUUGUUUCUGAUCAUGACUUCUGCUUUGGUUGUGCCAGCCUCGGUCAAUGUUGCCGACAUGACUUCUGCUUUGGUUGUGCCAGCCUCGGUCAAUGUUGCCGACAUGCCUUCCUUUUCGGAUUCCUUUUACCAAGUCCCCUAGCCUCAAUAAUUAAAUUGCGAAGUCAUAUUUCCUUUUUCUUUCCUGCAGUCAUCGCAAAUGCUCAAAUCUAAAAUCCGUCAGCUGAAGCAGAAGGACACUAAGAAAGGGAAGCAGCAAUCAGACGACUCGUUGACCAACAGCGCUGCACCGUCACCCAUGGCUGUGUUGUCCCCCCCUGAAGGAGCAGAAGAUAAAGAAGAUGGAGUCGCUCCUGAAAUAAGUCAGGAGGGUCAGAAUGCAAAAGAAGGAAAGAAAAAGAGGAAGGCUCCCAAGAAGAAGGAGGGCAUCAAAGAUGAAGGAGAUAAGGUUUAUUAAUAUGCAUUUGUUGUUUUUGUUGUUCCUGCUCACGGUAUUUUUGCUAAAUGUAAAAGUGCCUACAAAGUACUUCGAUUUCUGGUAUAGCUGAGAAAAUUUGCAGAAUGAUUUUAAGUAACUGGUCAAAUAUUCUAAAAAAACACGUCUCACAAACCGAGACGAGGGCGCUGAUUCACUUGCUCAUGUGUAGCUGAACUGAUGUUAAUAAUUACCUUCGCCAACACAUUUUAUUAGCACGAUAUGGUGACAUUCAAUUUCUUCCCAAACUCUCCGCCCAGCCCCUGCUCGACCAAAAUAUGUUCAACUGCUCGACCAAGAGAUGUUUCACUGACAUAAAUCAAGAAAAAGACCCAAUUGCUUUACUCAAACAUUUGUGCAAAUCUUGUGCAUGAUUUCUUUGUAGCCAAAGAGACAAAAGAAAGACAAGAAGGAAGUUAUUAAAGAAAAGAAACCGGAGAUCAAAGAUUCUGUUUUUCAAGAAGAGCCUCCUACUCCUGAGAAGGAUACUGAAGAUAAAGAAAGCAAGGACGAUGGAAAACCAAAGAGUUCCUAUGCAUUAGAUGACAUGGAAAAGGCCACUUUUGAAGCGGUGAGUGUAAGCAGCGUAUUCCCUACUUUGGUAAAUUGGCUGUUCGGAUCUGGAAAUGUUUGGUGGUUCACAUUCUCGUGCAUGCCUCCAAAGAAGCUGUUGCCGAACUUGUAGCAUGAAAUUUUUUGGAUUGUCCAAGUCCAGUAGAUGUACGUUUUCGAGGUAAAUGACGCCGCAAAAAAAAUUAACUAGUGUUAAGUCUUAUGAACAAUUCAAGUGUAUGAAACAGCUGUGAUUUCCCUAUACGAAAAAGACAUGAAAAAUGGUGGACUUGUAACUUUGUUUCAUCGAUAAUCUUUUUCUUGUUGUUGUUGCAGUGCAAAGAGAAAAUGCGGCCAGUGAAAAGAGCCCUAAAAAUGCUGGAGAGUCCAGAAGGGACCAUGACUGAGAAGGAUCAAGUCUCUCAGACAAGACAGGUAGAUUUUUAUUUUUCAUUUCUUGUGCCGUUGACGCAGCAAUGUCUCACUCGAUCGAGGGGCGAUUACAAGAUUUCGAUGAAAAACGAACUGAAGACAUCGUCGGUUUAUUUACUUCCGGUCCGAAUUUUUUGCCCGGGUUUAAACGGUGGAAGUGGAAAUGAACUCGAGUCCAGGAUGCUCCGAGCACUAUUAAUCCAUUUUGACCCAUUUCUAUCAAUCUACAUGUCUAUCGAUUUUGAAAAAAAUUGUGCGGUUAUUUUGAGUCAGAAAACAAAUUUUUUCCUAAGUAAACUGCGCUAUACUCUUAUCUGUAAUUGCCACUAGCAAUUCAAUUCCAAAGAAUAACCUUUACAUUUCAGUGCUUGUUGAAAAUUGGGGAUCACAUCACUGAAAUCACAUCUCAUUAUAAAGAAGGUGAUGUUGUCACGGAAUGGAGGAAGUAAGUGAACGGUUAACUUAACGUGAAGCCUGUAACGUGGCUGAUAUAUCGUUGCUUAUGGUGUAAUUUCGUAAAUUUGUUUCUGUAUUUGUCACAUUUGGUUGUGAACUUAAUUCCCUUUUGUUUCCUUCAGCAAUCUUUGGACGUUUGUGUCGAAGUUCACGUCGUUUGAAGCGAAGAAGCUUUUCAAGCUUUACAAACACGCUGCUAAAAAGAGAGAUGAGUCGAAAGCGCAAGAGGUACGUAGAGGGUUCUUAAAAUUUUGGUAUGGCUUUGCUGCCGCUAUCAAUAAAAACGAGAUCAAAUCGGGGUGUUAAGAAGUUCGGAAAAAGCAACUCAAGACUUUUAAGACCCGUCUUAUGAUCCAGUUCUUUUCCUUGCAGCGCACUCAGAACAGACCCGCCCCUCAGUCACAGAGAACCCCUCAAGACUCUUCAGGAAUGUCCCGAAAGCACCUUGGUGACCAUGCUCCCCAACGCUCAUCCAACGAUCUCAAACGUCAAAUGGAAGGAGGGAGCUCUUCUCAUUUGGGGCCUGGAGGAAAAGUGCCCCGGAUGGACCGCACUAACUCAGGGUCAAGUUCUCAUAGUGGGGGGAGGCAUUCUGGGGGUGGAGAUGGCUACGACCCUCGACGGUCUUCGUUCAGUCAUUCCGACAGAGUCAGCGGAUCGACCAAGGACAGGCCACGUGAAGGGUCACGCGACGGGUAAGAUCUUAUGUCGCUUUUUAUUGGAGCGCAAGAUUUAGAAAAUAAAUUUGGCCACAACCCCAAUUUUUAACCCCUACGACUGAAAUGCUUGCACAAACUUGAUAAACUACUAGAAAUAUCCAAGUGUCAACAAUGACAUAUCCGUUUUUUCCCCACGCCAUCGCAGACAUGACCACAGUCACAGGUAUCACGAACCCCAGAGAGAUAGGCCUUCCUAUCAUACUUCUGAUUAUUCCCGAACCCAUGACAGGCCGUCGGAGCACAGUCGCUCCCACGAUCAACAUUCGCGAGCAUCUUAUGAGAGGAACUCGGAUCACCAUUCUCGAUCUUACGAAAAGAGUCGGGACCGAAGAGAUGACCAUCACCGAAGUAGUGUUCGGGAAUACUCGUCCGAAAGUCGCUACCAUACGCACCGCGAUCGGAACAGCGAUUCAUCGUCGUCACGUCACGGGAAUCAAACAAGUUCUCCGAAGUCUGGCGAGGGAAAAAGACACGGAGAAGACAGACGCAGCCUAGAGACCGACAGGGAAAAAAGAUGA